ACAGCCAGACCAGUGAGUGUGUCGUUGUCGAGUAUAUAAGCGGACAAGGCACGUCGCUACUUGGUUGCAACAUUAAUUAACUGGCAUAAAUUAACAACAACAAUCAACCGACAGCAGAAACAGCAACAACAGAAACAACAAACUGAGAAGACUCGCUCUCAGUUUGUCACUCAGUGCGGUGUUACUACAAUGGGCACACGUGUUCCCCCACCUUGCCCCACACCACUGCAUUUCGAUCAGGCCGCCAUGGCUGGCCUGCCACAACUCAUCACCGACUUGCAACGUCUGUCCGAGGAUCAGGAGAGCGCCGAUUUGGUAUUCAUUUGUGGACGCGAAGAGGAGCGGAUCUAUGCCCAUCGCAUUUUGUUGAUGGCGCGCUGCAAGAGCUUUAAGAUGGCAAAGCGUGGUGAAAUCUGUCGCAUCCCCGGCUGCUCAGUGUCGCCUGCAGCGCCAGGUACACCCACACCGGUACGACUGCCGCACAUAAAUCCGGAUGUCUUUCGCCAAUUCAUCGUUUACGUCUACACAGCGAAGAUUAUGCUGCAAGAUUCGCGUGUUUUCGAAAUGAUGACUCUAGCGCAAGACAUGGGUGUUGAGGAGCUGCGUGCGGCCUGUGAGGAUCAUGUGAUCUCAACUCUAUCAGUGGACAAUGCGUGCACGUUUCUCACAUCUGUCAUGGAAAUACACGAGAAAGCAGGUGCCAAAUGCGCCGCUUCGUUUAUGGAGCGGUGCAUAAUUUACAUAGGCGAAAACGCCAGCGAGUGUGCUAAGACCAAUGCCUUUCUGAAUUUGACCAAGGAUGCAUUGGUUAAACUUAUCUCGUCAGAUUACUUUUGCCUCGAAGAGGAGGAUGUCUGGCGUUGUGUGCUUGCCUGGGCUAAGAAUCAAGCUGGUGUCACCCAACCCACCGCACAUUGGACUGAAGAAGAACGUGCACGCGUUUGUCAACAUUUGUCUGGUGUAAUGUGCCAUGUGCGUUUGCUGUUAAUCGAUAGUCAAGUGUUCGCAGAGGAAGUGGAACCUACCGGUGCUGUGCCUAUGGAAUUGUCAUUGGAACGUUACCGCUAUGCAGCAUUGCAUUCGAAUAAAGGAGGUGGCAGUGGAGCUGGUGUAAGCGGUGGGCAAAUGUUGCCAUCUAUACCGGGCAUGACUGAAGACGACAAGCGUUUGCAGCCGCGCUUAACUGUCAAUAUGUUUCCAGGCUCCCAGCUGUUGCGCAAUGAUAAGUUGCAUUUGCAGAGCGUGCUAAAUGGAUGGUACGGCAUGCCAAAACAAUCUUGGCGUUUGGUCUAUCGCGCAUCAACACAUGGCUACUCAUCGAGUGCUUUUCAUCGCUAUUGUGAUGGUGUGGCACCUUGCUUUGUUAUUGGUAUUGGUUCGCGUGGUGAGCUAAGCGGUGGCUACACGGAUGUUGCAUGGGCAAAAACAAGUCGCAAAGGCGGCUACAUUCAUUCUGAGCGUGCUUUCCUUUUUGCGCUCAAUCCCGACAGCGGUGAUCCACCCGUAAAGUUUGAUAUAAUCAAGAAGCCUUAUGCCAUCUGCUAUCACCCAGAUUGCGGCCCGAUUUUUGGUGCUGGCGCUGAUCUGCUCAUCGCCAAUAAUUCCAAUACGAAUAUGGAUUCCUAUUCAAAUUUACCGCAUUCAUAUGACGGUCCAAACGCCGCUUACAUGACACUCUUUGGUGAUUACAAUUUUACGGUUGUCGACUAUGAGGUUUAUACUUUGUCCACAACGGCUGGUGGCGGCGGCGGCGGAAGCGUAGGAGUGGUAGGCGGCGGUGGCACUGGUAAUGGCAGCAAUAAUAGUAACAAUAAUAGUGUCUCAGGCAAUAAUGGCAAUAACAGUAACAACAGCAAUAGUACAUCUUAUAAUAGCAGUGGCAACAACAACAACAGUAGCGCUAAUAUGUCGUCAAACGUUGGUGGCGGUGGCAAUGCUGGCGGUGUGGGUGCUAAUAGUGGUGGUGUUGUGAGCGCCAUGCACAAACCGAAAUAUGAGAGAUAUUGAUUGGAUACGGUUUUUUGAGAUUUUGUAGUACUAUGAAUUUUUUUACAAUUAUGCUUUUAUGUCCAUUUCAUUGUUUAUAUGUUCCAUUUGUGUUGCAGAAAUUUGUUUUAGCGCCUUUUGAAGUAUUUGUGUUUGAAAAAAAGAGAGAAUAAUAACGGAACGGUUUAUUUGUAUACCC